AUGCUCGAGCCUGCAUGGAACAAGCUGAAGCAGGAGCUUAAGAAAGAGCUGCCCCCAGACCAGGCCUCCCUCAUAGACCAGAUGAAGCUGUCUGACGCGGCGGAGGGCGACUCACUCAUGCGCCAGGUCGCGCAGGCGCAGCUGGGGCCGCUGCUGGCGAGCGUGGGGAGCGACGAGGACCCCUAUUCUUUCUUCCUUGAUCUGGUCAAGAUCGCGGCCUGCCUGCAGCUGGGGACCGCUGCCGCUGUGUUCUACACGUGCGAGCUCGGGCUGGGGCUGGACGUGGGCGACAGCUUCCGGGCAGUUGCUGGCCUGGGGCUCGGGUACUUUGCGAGGAUCUUCAUACCCAUCGAGCAGCUGGUGUGGCCUGUUUACAACGACCUGCUGCAGCUGUUCAGCCCAGAGGCCAUAUUUGACGCAGGUCCAGUCAGCCCACAGGAGCGCAGCCGGACCCUCAACAGCCUGGGCGUGACUGUGGCGGCGGCGUUCCUCCUGCCCCGCUACCUCUUGGGUUGGGCUGUGGACGACACCCUGCAGCUUGGCCCCGCCCCCGCGCUGCUGCUGGCUCGCCUGACCCCAGCGCCCCGCAAUGCCGAUCAACAAUUUCCCCUGCAGAUCGUGCUGCCAAUGAUGUUGGGUCUCCUGUUCUUCGACGCGGCGUUCCUCCUGGCCCUGCUGUACAAACUCUCGGCUCUCGACCGCGGCGGCGGCUCCGGCGGCGACUGA